AUGGCAACCGACAAGACUGUCAUACUCGUCACUGGUGCGAGCAGUGGCAUCGGCUACGAGACGGUGGCUGCUCUGUCCGUCACCUCGACUGAUUUUCAUGUCUUGCUGGCCAGCCGCUCGGUUGACAAAGGCCAGAAAGCUCUGGCUGACCUGCAGUCAACCUAUGGGCCAUCCUUGAAGAGCCCAAUCUCCGUCAUACAGCUCGACGUCUGCGACCAACAGUCGAUCCAGUCCGCCAAGACCGAGAUCGAAACCAAGUUCGGCAGGCUGGACGUUCUCAUCAACAACGCCGGCAUCAUCGUCUACCAACAGGUGGACCAGCUGACGGCGCUGCGUCAGACCUUCGACACCAACGUCUUCGCGCAGCAAAUCGUUACAGAAACGCUGGAGCCUUUGCUUCGAAAGUCGGCCAGACCUUACAUCAUCUACGUCUCGUCCGAGAUGGGCUCUAUCACAACACGCCUGGACCCUACCUUCAAGUUUGACAAACUCCGUGGUGAGUCAUACCGUAUGAGUAAGGCAGCCCUGAACAUGCUUGCUGCUUGUCACCGCCGCAACUACGAGGAUUGGUGCAAGGUGGCAGCUUUCAACCCGGGUUGGUGCGUUUCCAACUUGAGUGGACCGCAGGGUUAUGAAAUGCGGAAGAAGGGUGGUGCAAGGGACCCCAAGGAGCCAGCCCUUGAGCUCGCUAAUGUUGUUUUGGGGAAGAGGGACGAGGACAUUGCGAAGAAUGGCAUGCUUGACAUUGAUGGAGGCAUUUUGCCGUGGUAG